AUGGCCAGUACCGCCCAUGCAUACGGCACGCAGUCAGAUGCGUAUGCCGCUGAGAACGAUGUUAUUCCUCGCACUUCCGAGAAGGGGAGGAAAGUCAGCCUGGGCAAGGCUCCUUCCGAGGGUGCUCUGAACGACUCCGACGAUCUUCUGGCCGCCAUGGGCUACAAGUCCGAGCUCGUACGCUCAAGAUCGACUCUCCAGGUCGCUUUCAUGUCCUUUGUUCUGGCCUCCAUCCCCUACGGACUGGCGACCACGCUGUACUACCCCGUAGUCAACGGAGGUCCCGUUACCAUUAUCUGGGGUUGGCUUGCCGUUUCCCUCAUUAUCCUCUGCGUCGCAGCAUCGCUAGGAGAAAUCACCAGUGUCUAUCCUACCAGCGGCGGCGUUUACUACCAAACUUUCAUGUUGGCGGCUCCUUCGUACCGGAAGAUCGCCUCAUGGAUUUGCGGUUGGUGCUUCGUCGUCGGCAACAUAACGAUUACUCUUUCCGUCAACUUCGCUACUGCUCUUUUCUAUGUGGCAUGUAUCAACGUCUUCACCGAUGAAGCAGGGAACGGCAUCUUCGCGGGCACAACAUGGCAGGUCUACUUGCUCUUCCUCGGCGUUACACUCCUGUGUAACGUUGUUUGUGUUUUCGCGAACAAAUGGCUUCCGUGGCUCGACACCUUUGCCAUAUUUUGGACUUUUGCCGGUGUCAUCGCCAUUGUUGUGUGCGUGCUUGCCAUUGCGAAGAACGGUCGCCACAGCGCCCGCUACGUUUUCACCGAACUCGACACCUCCAACUCCGGAUGGGUCCCUGGAUGGUCAUUCAUGGUCGGACUUCUCCAAGCAGCCUACGCAACCUCUUCGACCGGAAUGAUUGUCUCUAUGUGCGAAGAGGUUCGUCACCCCGCAACCCAGGUCCCCAAGGCUAUGGUCGGCACCAUCAUCCUCAACACAAUCUGCGGUCUCGUCUUCCUCAUUCCCCUCGUCUUCGUACUGCCCGACCAGAAAUACCUCGCUGGACUCCUGUCAGGCCAGCCCACCCCAGCUAUUCUUGUCGACGCCAUUGGUUCUUCGGGCGGUGCCAUUGGUCUCCUCUUCCCGCUCAUGGUUCUCGGCCUGUUCUGUGGUAUUGGCUGCACCACUGCUUCGUCCCGCGCCAUUUACGCGUUCGCGCGUGAUGGUGGUAUUCCCGGUUACAAAAUGUGGAGAGUUGUCAACACUAAAUUUGACGUUCCUGUCAAUGCUAUGAUGAUGAGCAUGGUGGUUCAGCUCGCGCUUGGUCUCAUCUACUUCGGCGCUGCCGCCGCUUUCAACGCCUUCUCUGGCGUCGGUGUCAUUUGUUUGACGCUUAGCUACGCCGCGCCCAUCGCAUGCUCUAUGCUUGGUGGCCGCAAGCAGAUGGUUGAGGGCCAGUUCUACCUCGGUAAACUUGGUCUGUUCUGCAAUAUUGUUGCCAUUGCUUGGUCUGCGCUGGCAACUCCUCUCUUCUGCAUGCCUACCUACCUUCCCGUCACAUCUACCUCGAUGAACUACGCUUCCGUCGUUCUCGCUGCCGUCAUCUUCGUCUCUACCCUCUGGUACUUUGUCUGGGGCAAGGCCAACUACGAAGGUCCUCCAACACACGAGGAUGCCGUUCUUGAGGCAAGAAGGGCUAGCUUCGUCAGCACCCACAGCAAAUAA